AUGGCUCUACGGACAGCAGCAACCCUCUUCCUGUGUUUCCUGCUGGGAGUAAAUUGCUGGCAUGAUUUGGAUAACACAGAGUACGACUGUUGGCCAAGCAACAAUCCAAAUGAUUACAACAUGAUAAACUGUGGUGGUUUGGAAAUGGCCUGGGUGCAGCGUCCUCCAGAGAAAGUAACCAAUGGGGAGGAAUUCAAUGUCUCGUACACUGUGACAGCUUCAGAUUCCUUCUACGAAUACGCAGUCAGGAACAAGAUUUUCCAGUUCAGUGAUGCGUCAGAGGCAAAGAGGUUCUGUCAUGAACACGAGUGCCCAGCAAACUGGAACAACGCCAAUGAAAUGAACUGCUGCGUGUAUCACGCAAACAUUCAUUCCUGUCCUCUGGGCCUCAUGAAACAAGGUGGAAUCUGCGGCCCAUGGAUUCCUGAUGAUGGUAAAAUAGUGACUCACACUGUUUCCAAAGCAGGCAAGAUGACUCAGAAAUACUGGACUUCAAAGGUGGUACUGAUCCAUGUGGGAGUCACCUCAGUCAUCGCUCAUAUCAAAAUAGGACAGAUGCACGCAGCACUGGAGUCUAAAGUGCUUGUUGUCAGCGCCCAAGUGUGCGGGGAUGACAUCUGUGAGCUGGAGGAGAACUGUCUGAACUGUCCUGCAGACUGUGGCAUCUGUCCAAUGUCCAUCAUGAUCAAGGUGGCCAUCGGGCUUCCAGUUGCUCUCUUCAGCAGUGGUUUCAUCCUAACCAUGGUGUGGCUUCAGUACCAGAAACAGAAGAUGUUUUGGGAUGAGAGCUGGAUAAUUAACUACAAGAACAUAAUAUUUGGUAGAAUGUGCUGCAUGGAUAUUGGCAGCAUGACCAGCCUGCAGCGCUUCAAGAGUAAUUCUACCGUCAGUAGAACCACUGACGUGACCGUGUGCACUGGAGUCAACACCUCCUUCAAACAAGGCUUCAUCCAGCCCGCCAUCUAUGAUGGGAGAACGGUGGCAGUAAAACACAUCCAGAAGAAACAUUUCACCCUCUCUAAAACCAUCAGAAAGGAAGUGAAAGAAGUCAGGCAACUGGACCACCCCAAUCUAUGCAAGUUCAUUGGUGGUUCCAUUGAGGUGCCAUAUGUGACCAUCAUCACAGAGUACUGCCCUAAAGGAAGCCUGUCUGAUGUCCUGCUGAACAGUGACAUCCCGAUCAACUGGGGCUUUAGACUGUCCUUUGCCACUGACAUUGCUCGCGGGAUGUCCUACGUCCAUCAACACAGGAUGUUUCAUGGGAGAGUGCACUCCAGAAAUUGUGUUGUUGAUGACCGCUGGGUGUGCAAAAUCUCAGAUUACGGGCUCACAGCAUACAGGAAGGAUGACUUUGAGGCCAUGAGUAAUGGCUUCAACUGUAGGGAUGUAAACCGUAUAUACUGUGCACCAGAGGUCCUACUGGGAAGCAGUUCCAAUAUGACACCAGCAGCAGAUGUCUACAGCUACUCCAUGAUUCUGGUUGAGAUUGCAACUCGCUCUGACCUCAUUUCAGACCAGGCUGAGGGAGUGAGGAUGGAUAUCAUGUGGCGUCCUCCUCUGCCUGAACUCAAAGCAGGGAAGGCGGAUACUGACUGUCCCAGUCAAGGAGAGUACUGUGAGCUUAUUAAGAGGUGCUGGUCUCACAACGUCACCAUGAGGCCCACAUUUGAACAAGUGAAAAAGAUGCUUGACAAGAUGAACCCACACAAAGUCAGCCCUGUGGACAUGAUGAUGAACCUGAUGGAGAAGUACAGCAAACAUCUGGAGGCCAUAGUUGCUGAGAGAACACAGGACCUCCUUCAAGAGAAACAGAAGACAGAUCGGUUGUUAUACAGUAUGUUACCCAAGCCGGUGGCUGAUGACCUUCGUCAAGGCCGGACAGCAGAGGCUCAGAGCUUCUCCAAUGCCACAGUCUACUUCAGUGAUAUUGUAGGCUUCACUCAGCUGUCUGGGGCCAGCACUCCCCAUCAGGUGGUAGACUUCCUCAACAAGCUCUACACCUCUUUCGAUGACAUCAUUGAUAAUUAUGAUGUCUACAAAGUGGAGACAAUUGGUGAUGCUUACAUGGUGGUCUCUGGGGUCCCUCAAGAAAAUGGUAUCAAUCAUGCUGGGGAGAUUGCCAGCAUGGCCUUGGAUCUGGUCAGUGUCUGCCACACUUUCAAGAUCCCCCACAAGCCCAACACCCAGCUGAAGAUACGUGCUGGUAUCCAUUCAGGACCUGUUGUGGCUGGUGUGGUUGGCACCAAAAUGCCACGCUACUGCCUAUUUGGGGACACUGUCAACACAGCAUCUCGGAUGGAAUCAACAAGUGAAGCUCUCAAGAUCCAGGUGAGUGGUGCCACAGCUGAUUUACUUCACACACUCAAAGGUUACGUUCUGACCUGCAGGGGAACACUCAACGUGAAGGGUAAAGGGGAAAUGACAACAUGGUGGCUGGAAGCAAAGACAGACGAUCACACAGUACCGCUGCUCAGAACGUCUGAGUCCAGAGGAGUCUUAGUACCAGUUAGUAACUAA